ACAUAAUUCCUUAAGUUUUUUUUUAUUUAUAAUUUAGUUUCAAAAAUUAUCCCAAACUUGCCGUUGCACGCCUUCCAAGCUCAAAACCCAGUUCCCUUCCCUCCCACUUCCAUCCCCUCUCGAGUUCUGCAGCGCUUCCGAUUUUCCGGACAAUCAUUUUUGACUUCGCAGCCUAAACCCAACAAACAAACAAACAAGCAAACCCAUUUUCAUUUUGCCUUCUUUUUCCCAUUUUCAUCCCCUUUUUUCUUUCUUCUCUUGCCUUUUGGCCUUGGAAUUGCUAUUCGGUACUGUACUUUCCUCCUCUUUCCUUCUUUUUCGUGCGUUAUAUUCUCCUAGAACUGCGUUUCUGACUGUAGACUCGAACUCGGUUGGAUUGUGUAGCUCUGUUUCCAAUUUCCAUGGCUUCCCCAGUUAAUAACUUGGGUGUUUCAGAGCACGAGAAACAGGAAUGUGUUGUGUCCAAUGGGAAGGAAGGUGAGGGAGUUGUUGGUGUUCUUGAGGUGUUGGUUCACCAAGCAAGAGACAUUCAUAACAUCUGCAUAUACCACAAACAAGAUGUGUAUGCGAGGCUUUCCUUUACAAGUGAUCCUUCAAAUUCUGUGUCCACCAAAACCAUCAAUGGUGGUGGGAGAAAUCCAGUCUUCAAUGAGAAUGUUCGGCUUAGCGUUCGGUCGAACGAUACGUCGCUCAAAUGCGAGAUAUGGAUGCUGAGCAGGGUCAAGAACUAUCUUGAAGAUCAGUUGCUUGGUUUUGCUUUGAUCCCUCUGGCAGAAGUUGUUGCUGCUGUAAAUGGCAAGUUAGAGAAAGAAUUCUCGCUUUCGUCCAGCGAUUUGUUCCAUUCUCCUGCCGGGUUCGUGCAGCUAUCGCUUUCGUAUAAUGGAGCUUCUCCAGAAGUCAUGGAGAUCCCGGCGCUUGAAACAAUCGCAACCGUGCAGGAUUCGGAUGUAAACAAGCUGUCACAUCCAAGUGAUUUGGACAUGAUCGAGUUCCCAGACCCAAAGAUUGUGAAUGAAGACCAGAUGAUGGUCUCCGAGUAUAUUGGUAUCCCGUGUUCGGAUCUGGAUUCCGAAAGAUCUGAGAGCUUGGCCAUUUCUGAUGGCGAGAAUCAUCAUCUUAGUCCAGGAAUAGGUGGUAUUCCUGUUGUCGAAAAGUUUUCAAUGCCGAACGAGAAGUCGAACCAAGCUUCUAAGAUCGACUCUCCACCUAGCAGUGUGCCAACGGAUGCGGUUUCGUCUUUGCCCGCAAGCUCGGAGUCAUCAGAAGCUGCAGCCAGUUCUAAAGCUACAACUCAAGAUGAAUAUGUUUCAGCAGCAAAUGCCAGUAGUGAGAAGGAACAAAAUACUGAAAAUGGUGAGAUUAAUGAUUCUUGCAGUGAGGCAGCAGGUGAGACAAUUACAAAUCCAAUAGUUUCUGUGAACAUUGAGCCAGAUGACAAGGUAGUGCAGCAAGACAUUGUGGACAUGUACAUGAAAAGUAUGCAACAAUUCACUGAAUCUUUGGCAAAGAUGAAGCUUCCUUUGGAUAUUGACAGUGGCCCUCCCAGUUCGGGUAGUUCGACUUCGGAUCCGAACCUACAAUCGCCCAAAAACAGUGGUCCGCGUGUCUUUUACGGGAGCAGGGCGUUCUUCUGAUCCAGUUCUCAUCCCCGCUGGUGAAAGAUCAGGUGACAUUAGAUUUUAGAAUCAUUACUAAGAUUAGGAUGAUGGUUUUGUAGUAUGGUCUUUUUAUUUUUUUUAAUGUUCUUCCAUUAUGCUUCUUCAGAUGUUUUAGAUGACAUAAAUUUACAAACUUUGUCACUUAAUUAGCUUUGUUCCUUCAAUGUUGCUGAUUGGUGUGGUGUUGGUCUGAUUUGAACUUUUGAUAAUUGAACCUUCUAUUGCCAAUGAAA